AUGAAGGUGGGGACUUUAGAGCGUCUGCAAAGGGCUAUGGUAACGGGAAAAUUGGAUGAGGGUUAUCUUUGUCGUUUCCUGCUAAAUAGAAUCAAAGCAGAUAGGUCUGCCAGCUUGAGAGGUCAGUCACCGUCCGAUCUUGCUUUGCCCGCUACCAACUCUGUCAUUAGUUGUCCCUCGAGGCCAAUCCCAUCGCCUUCCUCUGGACCUCUAAGGGGUAUACCCUUCCUGGUAAAGGACAACUUUUGCGUUAAGGGCCUAGACGUUACCACAUGCGCUUCUAAGGCUCUGUAUAACUACUCAUCACCGUUUAAUGCAUCAGUUGUUCAAGCCUUACUGGAUGCUGGUGCUGUUUGCUUGGGAAAAACCAAUAUGGACGAAUUUGCUAUGGGUUCGGGAUCAACUGAGAACGCAAUACACGGACCCGUAGUGAAUCCAUGGUCACCCUCUCCACCUGGCAACCCUUGCAUUGCAGGAGGUAGCUCUGGAGGCAGUGCGGCAGCGGUGGCUGCUGGUCUGGCGCCCUUCGCUCUUGCUUCUGACACGGGCGGGUCGGUACGAAACCCGGCGGUUCUAUGUGGCGUUGUGGGUUUCAAACCCACUUAUGGACUGGCAUCACGCCAGGGCAUGAUUCCGCUCGCCAACAUCAUGGAUUGUCCUUCUAUUACGGCAACUCGGGUUGCGGACGUUGGAAUGGUACUCUCCACGUGGGUCCAGCAGAGCUGUGCAGCUAGAUACGGGGACGCCACUCUAGCCAUAGUCAGGCCACCUCUUCUACCUGACUUACCUCGGAUUGGGAUCCCUAAGGAGUAUUACGCGCCCGGGAUGCUUUCAGAGGUGGUCGAGGUUUGGGAUCAGGUAGCGUCAUGGUUGGCGGACGACUUCCAGCUACCUGUCGAGUCUGUGAGCCUCCCUCACACACCCAUCGCCACCGCUGUCUACUCUGUCCUAUGCUCAGUGGAGGUAGCAUCCAACAUGGCUCGUUAUGACGGCCUUCGGUAUGGCCUGCGUGUGGAACCUGGUCCGGAGAUGCGGGAAGCUUUGAUCCAACUGAAUCUGGACACCGCUGAUGGCCUGGCUGCGGGAUCUCGAUGCUUGGGCUUUGGAGAGGAGGUGCGCAAUCGCAUAUUGGCAGGCAACUUCUUCCUACUUCGUGGACAAAAACAUCUGCAUCUGGAUGCCGCUCGGCGAUUAUGGCGUCUUGUUAAAAACGAUUAUGUGGAAGUCUUCAAUAAAGUGGACUUUCUAUUGGCUCCGGUGACCUUACAUCCGGCGCCUAGUCUACGAGAGUUCCGCCAGCUGGAUAACCGUUCUCGAGUAGCCCGGGAGGACCCCUGCACAGUUGGAGUCAACCUAGCAGGUCUUCCAGCAAUCAGCAUUCCAAUUAAAGUGAGCGUUCAGAAAAGACUCCCGAUAGGACUGCAGCUCAUUGGUCCACCAUGGUCAGAAAAGGAUCUCAUCUCGCUGGCGGGACGCAUAGAAGAAAAAGCGGAUUUUCCAAUACUUGUAGAUAUACCCUCUCUCCUAGAUAUCGAGUAG